AUGGGAAAUUCUCAGACCAAAGAAGCACGUGGGCAGGGCAACUCCGACUCUAGAGUCAGUGGGAAUGCAAGUCCUGUCUUACGGCAAGAUACACCGUCCAAUACUUCCGAGCCGACUAUCCGAGCCCCUCAUUCCUCUCGCCAGCAACGACGAGGGAGCCGACCUGACUUCUCAUUUCUCGGAAUUGGCGGAACCAAUGAACAAGAUGCCUCUUCACUUGAAGCCCGACGGGAGAACAAACAGGAGAGGGAAGCCAGGAAAGCCGAAAAAGAACGGGCAGCCAGGCUCAAAGAGCGAGAGCGCAGUAUGAGGGAAGAGCACGUCGAUGGCGGCUAUCUUGUUACCCAAGGUGUGUACGUGGGCAAUGAAGACUUCAACAAGGGAAUGGUUCGACAAUUGACGAUUGAGCGCAGGCUGGCACCCUUCUGGAGAGGCCUGAACGACUUUUCGGAUUCUUGGGCCGAGCACCAGCUUAUGGCUGCGGCACGUGGAAUGGAGAUACCUCCGGCUGACGAGGUACCUCCCGAACUCGAGUAUCGCCUCACCAAAAGGACUCCCUCCGACAAGGACAAGGAUAAGUCCCUACAAUACCUCACUAUCCCCAUAGGACCUCGAUCGCAAUCCUUCCAGUCAGAUGCUAGCUCCGCACCUGUGUCUCCCACUCCAAACUCUCUCCCAUUACCGGGUCUAUCACCACCACCUCCUUCCAAUUCUCCCAGUACCAACAUCUUCAGGACCCGUGCUAAAACAUUGGCUUCUCUAACCACCUCUUCUCGGAGCCACUCUCAGGUUGACAUGACCCCGCGCGAAUUUCAGCUACCACCAGACCCCUUCGUCAAUGGACAGCCAAUCGAGGUCUAUCUGUAUAAAGACGCAACAGAAUGCCCCAUCUGUUUUCUGUACUACCCGCCAUACUUGAAUACUACCCGAUGCUGUGAACAGGCGAUCUGUUCAGAGUGUUUCGUCCAAAUAAAGCGUCCUGACCCACAUCAACCUGAGCAUGAACAGCCAGAUCCCAACGCUCCCCCAGUCUCCGAAACAGAAAGGGAAGCACAGGCGGAAGGUCUCCUGGUUUCGGAAGUUGCGACCUGUCCAUAUUGUAAAACACCAGAAUUCGGCAUCACUUAUACACCCCCUCCUUUUCGACGUGGGCUUACGUACGGUACUGGGUCGCAACCAUAUCAAGUCAUGUCUGCGAGAUCAUCACAAACGUCUGUUUCAUCGGGAACUCUAUCACCUGGGCCUGGACGCCGGCGGGGAACCUCCCUGUCUGCCAGUGCUCCCGAGGUCAUCACCACAGACAAGAUUCGCCCUGACUGGGCGACGAAAUUAGCCGCGGCACGUGCACAUGCAGCUCGACGUGCAGCGGCAGCUACCGCUUUACAUACGGCAGCGUACCUUAUGAAUGGGCAAAAUGCCGUUGAACCAAGAACUUUCUCAACUUUCAGUCGACGUAACAUGCUUCGCCGCACGACCAUUGAGGGUGCGGAGCCUAGCCCUAACCCAAGUUUGAGUGCACUUGCUCUGCUUGCAGAGAGACAUGCAUCACGUCAACCAGAGGCCGCUUCUCCUGCAGGCGCUGAGGGAAGACCGAAUCCCUUCUUACCGCCAGCUCGUGGUAGUAGUUCAAGACGUAGUCGAAUGGACGAUUUGGAAGAGAUGAUGAUGAUGGAAGCCAUCCGAUUGAGUCUAGCAGCGGAAGAGGAAAGGCGAAAGAAAGAGGAAAAAGACGCCCGGAAAGAAGCUAAGAAAAAGGAAAAGGAGUCGAAGAAGGCUGACAAGGCGGCCCGCAAAAGCAGUCUUUUCACAAUGAACUCCAACACUAGUAUUGGCGACUCGACAUCCAGUUUGAUGGAAAGGUCAAGAAGCAAUCUUUCUCUCGGAGUCGAUGACGAUUCAGUUUCUGGUAAGGGGAAGAAUGUGGAGCGCGGUGGAGGGGUUCCUAUGGAGAGAUCCUUGACCGACGAAGACAAUCCCCGACCAUCUUAUCUUCCGGCAUUGUCACUUUCUGGAACCAGUCAAGAGUCUUUGGCAUCUUCGAUUCCUAUUCCGUUGGCCGCUGAGCCAUUUCGUCGCUCACACCUCCGACAGAUGUCCAAUGCUUCAUCCGCUUCAUCAUCCUUCGUCGAAUCUGGACCAGCUACAUUCUCGGGAACUGGAACCCCGCCUCCAGGGAGUCUUGAGCCGAUGUUUAAUUUUCGGUCUCUUGCUGCUAUGAUCGGUGAGGAAGAGAAAGGUGAUGGCAGUGCACACGUGGAGCACGCGCGAUCCGAGCGGGAUUCAUCUCCAAGUUCACUUGAUGAACUAGCGAAAGCGCAGUCAUCUACGAAGUUGGCGAACGCUACAAAGGACGGAGACACGAGUUCCGAUGCGUCUUUGGAGCCCGACUCACGGAAGAGUUCGGCCGAUGUGCCUGUAAGCAAGCAAGCCGAAGUCAGGCUAGAGCACGCUGAGGCAGCGUCAAAUUUAUGA